AUGCCUGAAAUGAUGAACAUGUGUCUGUUUUUGAAGAGCUAUGCUAUAGUAACAAUACAGGGGAAUUCGCCCUCAGUAGAAGGCAGGCCUUUGACUCAGAGGUUAAGAGUGGAAGUGGAAGAGAUCGCUGUGCCCAAGGGUUUUGUCCAGAAGCUCAAUGACCACUUGCUCCUGGUGUACACCGGCAAGACCCGCCUGGCUCGCAAUCUGCUGCAGGAUGUGCUGAGGAGCUGGUAUGCCCGGCUGCCUGCCGUGGUGCAGAAUGCCCACAGUCUGGUGCGGCAAACUGAAGAGUGUGCUGAAGCCUUCCGCCAAGGAAUGCUUCAUUUGCUGGGCCAGUACCUGACCUCGUACUGGGAACAGAAGAAGCGUAUGGCUCCAGGUUGUGAGCCUCUGGCUGUGCGGCGGAUGAUGGAUGUGCUGGCUCCCUAUGUUCACGGCCAGAGCCUGGCAGGGGCAGGUGGUGGAGGCUUUCUUUAUCUACUGACCAAGGAGCCCCAGCAAAAGGAGGUUGUGGAGGCUGUGCUGGCCAAGACUGAGGGCCUCGGGAACUUCAGUGUCCACCUGGUAGAAGUGGACAGUCAAGGCCUGAGACUGACGCUGCCAAGGAGUGAGGCCUUCCUCUGACGCCUCCCAUCAGGCUGAACUCUGCAGGAAACAAACACCUCGAGUACAGUGGACCUUCCUUUCCUUCCUCCAAAGAACUGUCAGCUUCCUCCUACACACCCACCUCUGCCCAUCUGCUCCUAGAGAAAGCAGACUUGAGCAAGACGAGGGCAAGCUGAAGCAGUGC